CAAAACGUUGAAUUCUCAACUGCGCGUCGCUUGUGUUUUUCUCAAUGGCUUCCUUGUGUUUGAAAUAUUAAAAUACACGUUUUAAUUUAUGCAGUUUAAAUUUCGAUUAAGUUCAAAAUAAACAAUAAAAUGCCGCCCCAACGCGAUCCAAUUAGUGUGCGCACAACGCGUCUCAAUAAUUUAAUUCUCGGCAAAGGAGUUGGCGCCAUUCAGAAGCCAUUGGGCGCCACAAGACGCAGCAUUGUGCCCAUUAGCACCACAAGUGCAGCUGUCGCUGAGGCCGUGUGCAGGGAAGGACUGCUCGAUGCCUUCUGUCUGCUGUACAAUGAGUGUGACAAGGAGACGCUCAAAAAGCGCGAUCGCAACAUUGCAGAAUUUGUGACCAAGUUUCGUCCCAUCGUUGAGGAGACGCGUCAGUUACGGGUGAAUGCCGAUGAUUUUGUGAUCAAGGCAUUGAUCGGCAAAGGAUAUUUUGGCAAUGUGCAUUUGGUUGUGGAACGUCAAACCUCGGAUGUUUAUGCCAUGAAAAAGAUAAAAAAAUCCAUGGUAACCACAUCACAAGUGGAGCGCGAUAUUAUGUCUCGUCGUAACUCUGAGUGGCUUACCAAUUUACAGUACGCCUUUCAGGACAAUGACAACUUGUAUUUAAUCAUGGAGUAUUUACCUGGUGGGGAUCUACUCAGCUUAAUGUCACGCCAUGGCCCCUUUGAUGAGGAUCUGGUGCGUUUCUAUCUAGCCGAGCUGACCUUGGCUCUGCACACACUUCACAACAUGGGCUUUGUGCAUCGCGACAUUAAGCCCGAGAAUAUUCUCAUCGAUCGCUUUGGUCACAUAAAGCUGGCGGACUUUGGCAAUGCCGCUGCCUUAGAUCGCGAUGGUCAUGUGCUCAGUCUUUCGCCUGUCGGCACACCAGAUUAUAUUGCUCCUGAGCUCUUGCAGACCAUAUCUACAUAUAAGCUCUCCAAAUCCAUGCAUGACGUGAGCUGCGAUUAUUGGUCCAUGGGCAUCAUUGGUUACGAGCUCAUCUGCGAGAUAACGCCCUUCCAUGAAGACAAUGUCCAUGAGACGUACUCGAAGAUACUCUCGCAUUGCGAGGAGAGUCGCCUUAAGGAGAUUAUUAACUUUCCCAGCGAUUUAAAAAUCUCUAGCAAUCUCAAGAGUCUCAUAUGUUCGCUGGUCACAAAUCCAACGAAUCGUCUGUCGUAUGAACAGAUUGUAAAGCAUCCCUUCUUUGAAACAAUACAGUGGAGCACAGUUCGCUCCCAGGUGCCGCCAAUUAUACCCACUAUUAAGUCGGAUGACGACAUCUCCAACUUUGAGGAUGGCAUUCGGCAUAAGGCACGCAGAGAGCAGCAAACGAAAAAAUCGCUGACUUCGAAUAUGAAAUCGAAUGAUUUUAGUGGCAAAGAUUUACCUUUCAUUGGCUACAGCUUUGUGCAUAUGGAAAAUGACGCCAUUUCAGGCGAUGAUUCGGAAUCGUCACGCAACGCAAAGCUACAGGAAAAACUGAGGAACUUGCAAACGAAAUUAAAAUCACAUGAAACUGAAAUUCUAGUGCUCAAACAAGAUUUGCUUAGAGCACAGCAGGCUCUUAAAAAGACAGACGGCAAAUCGCAGGUUGUUCUAGAGGCCAAAGCUGAAAUCAAGAAAUUGCAGCAGAUUAUCAAGGAAAAAACCAUGGAGCUAAGCACUUGCAAGACUCAAAUCAAGACGCUGCAGAGUUCGGCCAAGAUUGACGAGGAGAUGUGGUCGAAAAAGGAAGCCACAAUCACAGACUUGUUGCGCUUGAAUCGACAGAAAUAUGAGGAAGCAAAGAUUGCCUCCGAGCAGCGCUAUGAGAAACAGUUGGCAGAGAAGAAACAGGAGCUCGCAAGUACUACACAGAAACUGGAAGCGCGUGAACUGGAGUUUCAUGCGAAGAGCGAUGAAUGCAAGCAUCUGACAGACAAGUUGGACAAUUACAAGGAGAUGCUAAAGCAACUAAAGGAGCAGAACAACAAAGCCGAGAAGAAUAACGAGCAACAGGUCAAUCAUUUGAGGGAUACCUAUGAGAACAAGAUGACGGAACUGCGCCACAAGCUGCGAGAUUCGCAGGACACGCAUCGACGCAUGACUCUGGAGCUGCAGGACAUACGCACAGAGUUAGAUGAAUCAAUAAGUUCGAGCAAGUCAACGCAGGAAGCCAAACACGCCUCGGAGCGCAGCAUUGAGGAGUUGCUGCAGCGCCUCAACAGCGAAAUUUCAGCGAAUAACGAGUUGCGUGCUGGCAAAUCUUUGCUGGAAACUCAGCUUAAUAAUGCCAAAAAGGAAGCUCAAGAGAUGCAAACCGAAUGUGUGCGCUUGGAGCGGGAACUGCAGCUCGCAGAGUGUCGCUGCAAUUUGGCAGAAUCGUCGCUAGCAUCUCAAACAUCUCCAUAUGAAACAGCGCCAGGUUCGUUAACAGAACUUCAUGCCAUAGAGGAUCAACUGCGUGCCGAUCUCGCUGUGGCCAAGGAAGGUGAAUGCGUGCAAAAGACACGCGCCGAUCAACUUCAAGAGCUGGUCAACAAGCUGGAACACAUGCUGGAGCGUUUCAACGAGCAGAGUUUAUCGCCAAUGAAGUCGCAUGGAGGUUCCCAUCAUGGCAAUACUGCUGUGGGCGACAUGCUGGAACGACAGAAUGAGAAACUGGAGGAUAAACUGGCCGCAGUGCGCGAGCAGAUGAUUGUGGAGCGUCAGGCGGCGCGCACAGCGAAUCUCUCAUUAUGGAAAGUAGAGAAGCAAUUGGAGGAAGCACUCGCUGAGAAGAAAUUGAUUGCGCGUCGCAUGGAGCUGACCGAGGAUCGCGUCAAGAAAGCCCAAAACGAACGAGACGAGGCGCAGCGUGCGCUCAAAUCCUCCCAGGACGAAUUCCGACAACGCGAUGCUCGCAUCGAGGAGCUGAAAGGCGAGUUGGCAGCAAGUAAGCGCGAUGUGCUCAAGGAGCAUCGUAUGUGGGAGAAGGCCGAGCAGGAGCGCAUGAAGUGCAAGUCGGAGAUCAUUGAACACUUGGCCAAUGUGCACAAACUCGAGCAGCAGGCCACGGAACUGCGCCAGAAAUUGCAACAAACGCAGCUGCGUUGCGAUGGCUUAGGACUAGAGCAGAAGCGACUGCAACGGGAGCUGCAAGAGGAGCGUGAACGUGGCGUUGUGGUGGGCGAAGGCAGCCAGGCAUUGCAAGCGGAGAUUAAGCAGUUGACGAACAACUUCCAACGUUUGAAAUACGCAUGCAGCAUUACGGACAAUCAGUUGACCGAAGUGGAGGCCAUGUUGGAGAUGGAGCAACAGCGCAACAAGAAGCAGCAAACCCAACUGGAAGCCUGCCACGACAAGUUACGUGAACGCAAUGAACAGUUGAGCGAAGUGCGCAAGGAACUCGCAGUGCAAGAGUCGGGCAAACGUCUGGCCGAGCAGCGUGCUCAAGUUCUUAGCGUAGAGCUGGACGAGCUCAAGCAGAAUUUGCAGCAGUUGCAAAAGAAACUGAUUGCCCAGCAAGGACAGCUGGUGGAGCAGACGAAUGCUUUGUUCGGUGCUCAGGAGCGCACAGAUCAGCUGGAAACACAAAGCGCCAAUUGUCAGACUCAGAACUCAGAGUACGAGCGUGAACUCUUCCAGCUUAAGGAGGAGAAUGCGCGCAUUUUGAGUGACCUAUUCCACAGCAGAGAUGAGGUGUGCCAUCUGCAGCAGGAAUUACAGCAGCUGCAAGAGGUGCAAACUGGGCUGCACAGCGAGAUCGAUGAGCUGCAGAACACGCUGCAGGAGAAGGAGCAAUACUUUGUGCAGCGCGACAUUAAGUCAAUGGCAACGUUGGCUCAGCACAAGAAAUUGAUUGACUACUUGCAGCUCAAAGUUGAAGACUUAUCCGCCAAGAAGAAAAAAACGCUGGCCGAUAAAAUCUUUGGCUCCAGCAGCAAUGCCAAGGAGAACAUCUCGCCCAAUGAUGUGGAGUCCUCGAUUCUAUAUCGCGCGCUCAAGGAGGAGCUGCGUCGCGAGCAGAAGCACUCGAAGACGUUGCAGGAGCAACUCGACCAGUUGAAUGGUACAGCUUUGCUGCGAUCGCCAAGCAAAUCAAAUGGCCACAGCGAGGACAAGAAGUCGCGCCCUGCCAGCAUCGCUGUCGUGCCGCGUUCGCCACUCAAAGAGAAAGAACAGACGCAACUGAAACGUGCCGUAAGUCAAGUGGAAGUCAAAAGCAAAUCAAAGUCACCGCAGAAGCAGCAGCAAGCACAGCCAACACAUCAUCGCUUUGAGCUGGCGCUGCACGAGUCGAAGCUGGACAAGAUGAGUUGUCUGGCCUGUGAGCAGUUGAUUAUUGUGGGUUCACCUUAUUGGCGUUGCAAGGAAUGCAAGGAGGUUGCACAUCGUAAAUGUCGCUCUAAUGUCAGCGAGUCAUGCGGCAGCAAGGUGACUCCGACGGCGCCUUCGAUCGUCGAUAGUUGCGAGGAGCUGCAAGCGCUGAGCAGCGACACCACUGAGAGUGAAAAGAGCUCAAAUGACGACUACUUGGGCACAUUGGUGUACAAUGGUGCAGUGCAGCAGUCGGGGGAAACCAUUGAGAUCAAUUGCGCCUAUGAAAUUGUGGAACAAAAGAUCUUGCUGUUUGGAUGCAACAAUGGUUUGUUUGCCUACAACGUGGAAACCCAGCGUUUGCUGCAUAUUGCUGGCAUUGAGAGCGUCAGUUAUGUGUCCAUCUCCACACGUCUGGCUAAGGCAAUUAUGGUGGGCGCCAGUGGCGAGAAGCUCUACCAAUGCGACUAUCGACAGCUGGAGACACGUUGUCAGAGCGCUAUUCCUUGCCAAAAACCAUCGCUGGAGACGUCGGUAAUUGAGCUGCCUUUUGCCAAUCGCACGGCCAGCGAAAAGUGGAAACUUGUGCAGAUCUCCAAUGAAACCGAGAACGCUCUGGAUUCGGUGGCCAUUGCAGCGACUUCCUCGCGCAUUGUCAUACUCAAAUAUGAUCUGAAGCUGCACAAAUUCAAGCCUGUGCGUGCUUUGGACACUGCCACGCCCGUGACCUCAAUCUUCUAUACACGCCACUCGGCUAUUGUCAGUUCGGAUAAGUUUUACGAAAUCGAUCUGGAUAAUUAUGCUGCUGAGGAGUUUAUUGAUCUGGCGGACAAGUCGCUGCAGCACACGAUCAAGUGUCAACCUUUUGUAGCCGUGCGCAUCUCACGACAGGAAUUCCUGCUCUGCUUUGCCGAAUGUGGCGUCUUUGUGGAUGAAUUUGGCUGCCGUUCACGUCCCUACGACUUGAAUUGGAUAUAUGCGCCAACUGGUUUCGUUUAUCGUGAACCUUUUCUCUAUGUUUCGCAUUAUCAGCAUGUUCAGGUGAUGCGUCUGCAACGCUCCUACAGCAAACAGCUGGCCAGCGGUCUCAAUGCGGACAGCAAUGAUGCUCCCGACAUGCAGCGUUUGUACUUACCUCAUUAUAUGCCAACCUUGCUGACCUCGAGUGGCGACACAAAUGCCUAUACGUUGUCCAUAGAUCAGCAGUCUGGUGUCCAGCAGAUUUAUCAUCUGGAUGUUCUGCAGGCUUUCAAACAUAAGCUUAAUGUUUCCAUGGAAACCAUUUCUUCGGUGGCCACGUCUGUCACACUUGGCUCCAUUAUGACCACAGAUAGCGUUUAAGUUUCAUAUGUCUACAUUUAGGAAUCUUUUGUAUGUCCUAUGUCAUAUAGUAUUUAUCGGUUAGUUGUCAUACUCAUUUAAUUUGAACAUUUAUCUUAAUUUUUUGUACGUUUUGGAAAGAAAAGUGUAUAAAACAUAUAAAAAUGACAAGUUUUAAUUAUUUACUUUAAAUACAAAUAUUCGUGUAUUAAGAAGCAUGAUUUAAUUUGAGGUCUUGAAAUGUUAAUAACCUUUGUGCGAUUUUUAAAUAAACAUAAAUAACAGCUUGAAAUCUCUUAUUUGUUAAUUUACUCGAUCAAUUUAGAAGCCAUUGAGCAAUUCAGGUGAACAGAAACAAAAAUUUAAUACGUGCUUGGAGCUUAUUUUGGUGUUAUAAUUUACGCCGAGUAAAUUUAAAUUUAAAUAAUUUCAUAAAUAUUUAAAUAACUUGCCAGUCAACUUGAAAGGAAAUGAA